AUGGUUUGUAACGUGUUGUCGUUCCUUUAUUUGAAACUCUCUCCUUCUUCCAUAUUUAAAAUUUAUCUAUCUAUCUAUCUAUCUAUCUAUCUAUCUAUCUAUCUCUGGCUCUUCAUAUUUACGUCUGUUCAUUAUCAAUCUAUUUAUGUUUGUUCAUUAUGUAUCUAUCUAUCUAUCUAUCUAUCUAUCUAUCUAUGUCUAUUCAUUAUUUAUGUAUCUAUGUCUGUUCAUUAUAAAUCUAUGUUCAUUAUCUAUCUAUCUAUCUAUCUAUCUAUCUAUCUAUCUAUCUAUCUAUCUAUGUCUGUUCAUUAUCUAUCUAUCUAUCUAUCUAUCUAUCUAUCUAUCUAUGUCUGUUCAUUAUCUAUCUAUCUAUCUAUCUAUCUAUCUAUCUAUCUAUGUCUGUUCAUUAUCUAUCUAUCUAUCUAUCUAUCUAUCUAUCUAUCUAUCUAUUCAUUAUUUAUGUAUCUAUGUCUGUUUAUUAUCUAUCUAUGUUCAUUAUCUAUCUCAGAUUAUCUAUCUAUCUAUCUAUCUAUCUAUCUAUCUAUCUAUCUAUCUAUCUAUCUAUCUAUCUAUCUAUCUAUCUAUUUGGAGGGAGGACGAUCCCAGCGUGCAGCACUUUUCGAAAGUGCCUGA